UUAAGCACCUCAACCGCUCAUUAGCUGUCAACGGAUGACGUUUGUUGCUAAACGUUUAAGCACAUGCUAAUAAUUUAUUAGAUGCAGUUUUGUCAUGGCGCUUUAUGGGUCGGUUGAAAGAGGUACAGCUGUGAUUAUUUUCUUAUUUUCAGUGAAUUUAAUAUUACUAAAGAUGCAGUUAAGGUUAUUUUAGUUAAGUUAACGUAUUUACAGUGAUAGUAAAAGUUUUGAUUCGCGUGAAUAGUGCGGGAUAGGACUGUAUAGUGUAAGUUUACAGGGUCAAUGCUCGAAAGCGGUUCCGUUUAGUGAAGUGUGAUAGUGUUGAGUGGUGUUGGCAAAAUUGUACUCAUUGGAUGACUGAACAUAGUGAAAAGUAUGUUCCUCGUUGUAUAACCGUAAGUUACUCCUAAUAUGCCUAAUGUGUGAACAUUUAUAUUAUCUCCUUGCGCAGUUAUGCCUCAUGCGGCGUCAGUACACGAACACACGCACAGAAGUUCUUGACUCCAAAGUCUAGAAUGCUUGUUGUAUCGCAUAUCGUCUUUUGUGUUGUGUCGAGUGCGUAUUAGAAGUAGUUCAAGUAUCGUGGUGUUGGUGUUUCAGCUACGGUGUGCAUCUGUGGUACAAAAUGUCCGUAUAUUCUGCUGUUCUGCUUGUGAAUUGCUUUAGUUGUGUGUGUAGUAUCGCUUUCGUAGAAUUCAAGAAAGUAAGGUUAGCGGAUUUUACGCAUGGAUUGUUGCAAUGAUACUAACUGUUGUACACAUUUGCAUUGCGUUCUGGAGCCUGCAAUAUCAUCGAAAUUUUGUCAUGUCUUACAAAAUUGAAUUUAUUAAAUGUGUUUAAAGAAUCAUAAAAUGUGUAGAUAUGAGAUGCGUUUGUAGUUAUAUUAACCGCUUCACAGUCUCGAUUUAAAAAAAACGGUGCUCGGGCUGGUCAAAUAAGGCACGAUCAAGGCACGAGACUGUGAAGGGGUUAAAUUAUACAUCAAAUAAUCUCGUUAUCCUGGACGGCGGCUCGGUGGUACAUGUGAUAAACGGCGCCAGUCCACACGGCAGGACCAGGUUCAAAUCCCAUCCGGAUCGUCCCCCCGUAGCAAGGACUGACUAUCCGGCUACGUGGUUAAAUAAGUUUAGUAUGCCAGAAAUGGCCGGCGUGACCUGAAAGGCCAUUAAAGCCAAGAAGAGAGAGAUUUUAUAUAAGAUAAUGUAAUGUAAUUAAAAAAAAACAAAAAUUAAAAUAUAUAUAAUAUUACUUUUGUAUUAGAACAGUGCGAUAGAUGCAUUCGUAGUUUCAUUUGUUCGUCCUUGUUUAAUUAAAAUGGAUGGAAGCCUGAUAUAUUUCGUGUUGCAGGAAAGAAGCUAGCGCAGUCCCAUUUUGUUUGUUAAUUUUUCCGAUCAUUUAAUAAAAUAUUAUUUUAUAAAAUUACAUUUGUAGUUGCAAGCGGCAUACCGGACGAAUACGAAUAUGCUGUAGUGGGAUAAAAAAGGAUGUAAUCGCAUUGGAUUUAAUGCGAUGUUCACCAGUCUGCAGGAUUUGGUUCAAAACCAACAGUGAGUAAUAUUGUAAAUUAAGUGAGCCUGCUGAGAGACUACCUAACACAUUGAAUGUGUUAUGCAAAGAUAAAAGUAGCGAAGGCAGCUUUAUGUCCGGCGCACCAUCUACGUCCACGCAGUUGAACGUCGUAGUACCAAAUGCUGGCUUGAACAACGGAAGUGGAGCUGAUACAACCGCAAACGAUAUCUACGAUCUUUCUACAGACGACGAAUGGAAUGAGUUUCCAAGUGAGAAAAGUAGAAAUAAAGGUAGGUAUUGAAAAUUGUGAUGCUUCAUCCACCCAUAAUAGUAAGUAUAGGCUAAUGUUUUCUUUUAUUUUUUUUGGUUACUAAGAGCGACAGCAUUCCAUGUGGGCAAGAAAGAGUGGAGUUGGCCCUGCGAGAAUCACACUGCGAGAAUCAAACGAAUGAGGGUAACUAUAAAAUGAUCAUAUGAGAUUUGCAGAUGGACAGGUGUGGAUUCGCAUGGCAUCAGCUUAACGUUCACUAUUUGCAUUGGGUCGUUGUUUACUUUCAGAUGGAAACAGUGGGAACAUUUGUGAGAUUGAUGAUAUGGAGGAAGAGACACAAAACGGAAGAAGCGAUGGCUCUCACAGCGAUGACGACCACUCGUGGCGUACAAUGCGCCGCGAGUACACUCGUGAGGAACAUCGCGAGUGGUUUAGUAACUCUGGUAAAAGUUUUACUGAAACUCGUCGGGAAACUGUCGUGGAGGAGCAGCGAGAGUGGUCUACCACCAACUCGGAUGGACGUCGCACUUACAUGGGAUGGAGUGAAUCUCGUGUCCAGUGCACAUUCAGCGAGCGAAGCAGCAGAUAUGAUAACACUGGUAGUUGUUCCAACGACCGCCACACCAAUUCGAGGGAGGAACAGGGAAGCGAGUCGUUCGAUAACUAUCGGACAGACAGCUCAGUGCUGGGGUGGCAUCAUCGCGGUUCCAAUAACAGCGAAAGCUUACUUUUCAUUACAGACGUCGAAACCGGCAGUCGCAGUUGCGGGCGAAACCGUAUCCUCCUUCACGAUCCUGGCUUUAGAGCGCGAAGUUGAACAGGCUUCCACAGUUGCUACGAUCGUUUGCGUUGCAACGUGCAUCAUACGCGGGCAUGUAGCAGCGCCCGCUACGGAACAACACCGAACACAGCCACUGGGACGACAGGGAUGGUAUGUGCGGCGAACUUUGGCUGGAGGGCAAUUGGGUGGCGGCAAUGAUGGGGUCUGGUUCGGGAUCACACCGAGGCCGACGAUGACAUAUGGGCGAGAACGGUCGGCGGUAGAGAUGGUGCAGUAUUAGCUGUAAGUAAUAUUUAAAUUAGAUGAGUGUGUUUCGCAUUUUGGUUACCUUGCAUCUUCUCCUUACCUU